AUGGAAGAAACAUACGAUGCGAUUGUCUUAGGGACUGGGCUCACAGAAUGUAUCAUUUCUGGCCUAUUGUCAGCCCACGGCAAAAAAGUCUUGCAUCUAGACAGGAACAACUUUUAUGGGGGCGAAACAGCAUCGCUAAACUUGACGAAUCUUUACAGAGUCUUCUACCCAGGCACAGAACCUCCAGCAGAGCUUGGAGCGAACAGGGAAUGGAACGUCGACCUCAUCCCUAAGUUCACAAUGGCCAAUGGCAAGCUCGUCAAGCUUAUUCUUCAUACCGAGACUGUGGCAAACAACUUAGAAUGGAAAUGUGUUGACGGCUCUUAUGUCAUGCAAGUUUCAGCUGGUGGUGUCUUUUCAAAAGCAAAAGCUAAGGUUCACAAAGUCCCUGCAACAGAUUCAGAAGCCCUCAAAAGCGAUUUGAUGGGACUUUUUGAAAAGAGAAGAUGCAAGAAAUUCUUCAAGUUCGUCCAAAAUUACGAGCCAAAUGACCCAGCGACUCACAAGAACAUGAAUUUGCAGAGACAGCCAGGAAGAGAACUUUUUGCUGCCUUUGGAUUGGAAGAUAAUACCAUUGACUUUAUUGGGCAUGCAGUCGCUCUCUAUACAAGUGACGCCUUCUUGGAUCAGCCAAGUCACGAUUUGAUUAUGAAAGCUAAGCUCUAUAUGGACAGCAUUGGGCUCUAUGGAAAUUCUCCUUUCUUGUACCCAGUCUAUGGCAUUGGUGGGAUUGCUGAAGGGUUUUCUAGGCUUUCUGCUAUUUAUGGAGGAACUUAUAUGCUUAACAAGCCUAUUGAUGAAAUUCUGUUUGGAGAAGACGGAAAGGUCUGUGGAGUGAGAGCUGAAGGAGAAGUAGCGAGAGCGCCAUUGAUUCUGUGUGACCCUUCAUACGUUCUUAGCUUGGACAAAGCAAGAUCAACUGGCAGAGUCAUCAGAGCUAUCUGCAUCCUCAACCACCCAGUUCCAAAUAGUGACAACGCCCCAUCAGGCCAAAUUAUAAUCCCGCAAAGACAAGUAGGAAGACGCAACGAUAUUUAUGUUUCAUUCAUGUCAAGCUCCCACUGUGUAUGCUCUGAAGGGUACUACAUUGCGAUUUGCAGCACAAGUGUAGAGACUGAUGCCCCAGAGGCAGAAUUACAGCCUGCUUAUCAGCUGAUUGGAGACGUGCUUGUGUCUUUUAUCAAGGUUUAUGACACUUUUGAGCCAACUGAAGAUGGUAGAGCUGACAAUCUUUUUGUGAGCAAAUCUUAUGAUGCGACCUCUCACUUCGAAAGCGCUUGUGACGAUGUGCUGAAUCUUUGGGAAAGAAUGAUGGGAGAGCCUAUUAAUUUGGAGACCACUCUCAGACCUCAAGUCGCCCAGCAGCCACCAGCAGAUAGUUAA